AUGCUAGGCCUAUUGAAAGGGCAUAGAGACCUAAAGUUGCGCCCCACGGAUAUGUAUAAGCCAUCUUCUAGAACAUUAACAAAUUCAACUCCUGAUCCUGAAUCACCUGUAGACAUGGUUUCUAUUGAUUCAAACUCAAAAUAUUAUAAUGCAGAUAUAAAGCAAAAAUGUUUGAAUCCUGAUGGCAGUCUCUCUUGUUCUUCGUGUGAUGCAAAAAUGAAUUCUUGGGAGCAAGUAGCCGCUCAUAUUCGUGGACGUAAACACCAAAGUAAAUCAAAUGUCAACACAAUAGACAGCAAAAAUUUGGAAACCACAAACACAUUACUAGAUGGCGGUGAUUCAAAAAGUAUUUUCUAUCGAUGUGAAAAUUGUGAAGCGAUAGUAUUUAGUUCAGCGAUGCAAGAACAUUUAGAAUCUGAAGAGCAUAAAUUGGAAACUGCCAAAAUCCAUCGAAGCUCAGUAAUACCACAUCCCUUAAGUAAAGAUGGUUUCGACCAUGUCCUACCACUACGGGAAUAUCGUCGAUCCUGUCAAGAAGUUUUGCGUCCUGUAUGGCCUUCAGUGAAAUUUACUGAUGCAGAGGCUAACCUUUUAAUGGAAGCAGCGAAGAAUGAUGAUGAUUGUAUUUUACUCUUGUCGUCAUCUGAUGGUCGAUCACGUGUUGGUUUACAUUUAGCCAAUGCCCUGUUGAUAGCUAAUCGGAAUUUCCCUCCGUUCAAUAUUUUUGGUAGUCCAUUGAAACCAAGUACUAGUACUACUAUAUCCUACUGA